AUGUUCCGAUCGGGUUAUGGGCUGUUCAAAAUUCUUUUGUUAUCAUGUUUUUCUGUUAUCGUGGAUUCAUACAUCGUGCGCAACCACCCAUGCUGCCAAGAGCCGAACGAGAACCUGACCCUGGCCAUGGUGAUAGACGCGUUCGAGAUCUACGGCCACGACCCCACGGACAAGCUGGACCACCUGGCGCACUACCAAAUAGAAAUGAUGAAGAUCAAACGGGCCCCAGACCAGUACAUAAUAAACGAGCACGUCCACAUAGCGACUGAUCAUUUGGGGCGGUUCAUUUACAUGCACAUCAAGGAAUUGAAGGUACUACUGAUAGCACUAGAUGACGCCAUAGACAAUAUGCUGACGAUGUACGACAACCACAACGCUAUCAAGUCUGAGAGAGUAGCUACGUACAACUCGGCUAUGGGAGGGGUUGUACCUGCGGAGUUUUAUUUGAGUCAAGAGUUCUAUUGCGGCAAGAAUGUAUACAUUUUCAUAUCGGAACUAUACAGUGAUAUCUAUAACAUGGGGCGGGGGCCGUCCCCUUACUGUCUGGGAAGAGCCUUCCACUUUCUUGGCUUUAUACAUUUCAUGGACGAUAAGCACUACUACUUGGAGGAAGACCCGUCUGUCGUCUUCCAGAUGGAUAAUUACAUUCAUGGGCUGGAGUGUCAUCUGUCAGUUUGUAUAUUUAGGUUCCCAUUCAAGAAGAAUCUGCAACACACCCGAGACAUAUCCUCGAUGCCGAAAGCCAUAGUGAAGUGUGGUCUGGUGACGUACAAGUUGCCGCCCCUCACCGCGGCUCUGUGCGUCAUCACCUCGGGCUCAUUCAUCCUGGACUUCAACAUCCAGGGCAUCCGGUACAGGCACCACGACUACUUUCUCACUAUCCCUAACGGCGCGACGUACUACACCAAGGAGCCGCAGUCACCACUGGCUUGCGACCACCACGUCUGCGAGUGGAACAACACUAACUUCUAUGGGGGUCCAUUCGUAGUCCCCGGAGACCCCGGCACGGGGCUGUCGCCGCCGCCGCCGUUCGUGGAGCGCACGACGGAGUCCUAUCUGUUCACCACUCCGGACACGCCAACAGGCGACAAUACUACCGUUUCCCUGGAAGGCUGCUGGUUCAUUUUCCCCCCGAACUACGGCUCCAUCGCCGGGGUCAGUUAUCUGGACCCGCUGGCAGUCCACGACCACCGCUACACUUGUCAGGCCACUGGGAACAAGGGUCUGUAUUGGUACCCACAAUGGAUGGGGGCGCCGCCCCACCACCCGUACCCGCAGCCCGGGGACAUGUCCGCGCAGCCCGCCCCCCGCUCGCCGUUCUACCCCCACCAGCAGGACACCAUGAAACUACCGCCCAAAGUUUAG